CCGUCCCCGGUGCCGCUGCCGGCCCCCUGACGCCAUCAGGCGGCGCCUCGGCGGCGGGCAGGGCGGGCAGGGCGGCCGGGAUGGCGGCGGCCUCGCUGUGGAAGGGGCUGGUGGGGCUCGGGCUCUUCGCCCUGGCUCACGCCGCCUUCUCGGCGGCGCAGCAUCGCUCCUACAUGAGGCUGACGGAGAAGGAGGACGAGACGCUGCCCAUCGACAUAGUUCUUCAGACUCUGCUAGCCUUUGCAGUUACCUGCUAUGGGAUAGUACAUAUCGCAGGAGAAUUUAAAGAUAUGGAUGCCACUUCAGAACUAAAAAAUAAGACGUUUGACACAUUAAGGAACCAUCCAUCAUUUUAUGUAUUUAAUCAUCGUGGUAGAGUAUUGUUCCAGUCCCCAGACACAGUGAAUUCUUCUUCAAACCAAGAUGCUUUGUCAUCCAGCUCGUCACUGAAAUUUCGAAAACUUGAACCUCUGCGCCGCUAAGACUUUUACAGAUUAUAAUAAUAAUACAGGACACUGGGAUGUAAUAUUCAAGUCGGGGAUGUAAACACUUUUUUUAAUUUCUGGAGCAGUAUUUAUAUUGAUCUUCCAGACUUUAUAAAGUAUAUAUAUAUAAAAUAAGGACCUUCUUUGUACACUGUUAAUGGAAAUGAAUUGUGAAUUGGCAAUGCAGUGUAAAUUAUUCUACAAUUAUGCUGUGAAACACAUCUUCAAAUUUUCAUAUAUUAAAAAAAGAGUUGUAGGUGACCUAACUUCAGAUAAACAAAAACCAAGCUAGUUUUUACUGCGGUUACUGUUCUUUGAUAAGAGGGAAUGUUUGAGUGCUAUUUAUUUUCUCAGUUUGCUUGCACUACAGUUUAUGGAACUCCUUCAGAAAUACUGUGGGCACUUCAUCACUUAAUAGCAGAAAAAGGGCAGCGUCUCCUGUUCCUAAAAUGCCUUGGAGACCUGCAUGGUGUAGGCACAGGAAGUCAAAAGGUUGCUUUUAUUUUUAUUUUUUUUAACAAUACUGGAAAAUAGUUGUGUGAAGGUUGUUUUUUUUCUUAGUUUUUCAUUAUCACAUUUAAUUUCUUUGUUGCUCUCCUCUGUUUAAGCUGUCCUAUGUUGCCCCAAGUUGCCUGGGAUGUAGCUGUACAGUUGGUGGCUGUGUGGGGAGGGCAGCUCACUUCGGAUCACAUAGAUCAUCUUCUAUGCUCAGCUUGUUUACCCACGCUAUUUAUGUUCUGUUUGGUUGUUCAUAUAGGAAUGUUCCUCAGAUGGCUGAAUGGUGUGUUAGUACCUCAAAAUGGCACUGGAUACUAGUUCCCAAGUCAUCUUCUAUGAGAUGUAUUUAAGUAUCAAUAAGAAAUGUCCCUUCUGUAAAUGUUACAGGGGUAGGGUCCAGCAGCUGUAUCUGUUUACUGUCAUUAGUACAGUACAGGUAAACAACAAGUCAUGGUACUAGCCCCUUUUCUGUCAACAGAGCCUUUAAAAUUGAUUUCAUUUUCCAGCUGAGCCCUGCGUUGAUUUAAGUUGACUGUCUUUGAUUGUCUUAGGACGGAUGAUAUGCUCCUUAGCUCUACUGGCUUCUCAAUUCUGACCUCCACUUAGGGGCUGAAUGAAUGCUAAUUUUUUUCUUGCUCUGGCAUUUCAGUCCAGAAAUGGAACGCACUUCUCCCACCUACCCGCUGUAGCAAAAGAGAUGGUAAUGAUGGGGCCAACUAGAAUUUUGCGUAGUCUGAGGAUGUCCCACUGCCUCCAAGCAAAUUCAGCCUUUUGUCCUAGCAUCUGUUUUUUUAAACUGCUAAGAAGCGUUCCAGGCAAAAAGCUUAGCAAAAAUACUGUGUUAAAUGAAGCCUCUUUUUUUCUAGCUCUGCCCAUCCUAUGGAGUGGGUGUCCCAAUGCUAGAGCAAUAUCCAUAGCUGCUGCUCUUCAAUCACUCUUAAGCAACUGGGUUUAGUUAGAAAGGGUUACUCUGCCAGCUGAAACCUGAAGUGUUCUGGUUCCCUCCUCCUAGCUGGUGUCACAAAUCAGCUCAUGACAACUGCUGUCACCAAAGGCCUCUGAAAUCGUGUCAGGUCAGCUCUCUAUUACAAAAAACUUUCCUUGGGGAAUUGGGCUGCUGUGGUAGCAGUCGCUGCAUGGAGAAAAUGGCUGAACAUCAGCCAGCGUCCUUGCAAGGCCCGGAGGAAACUGCAAAGUAGUGGAGAGAGGGAGAGGCAAGGCAGGAGGUCAGUAACCACCGUACCAAACUGAUCCUACAACCAUGGUUGGCAGGGAGCCUUUUGGAGAGGACUGCUCACCCGUAAUGUCUAAGAAGCCCCAUUUGUGCUACGGUAAGGCUGUGUGGACCUGCCCACGGUGGGUGAUGCUGCUGGGUGACAGUUCUAAGUUAUUCUUGAUGAAAAACACUGCUUUUUCAGACUGUCGUGCUAGGAGCACCCUAUUGGCUGCAUCAGGUCUCUCUUGUGACAGGUAGCCUUACUCUUCAGCAGCAAUGGUUAUAUCACAGAGCUGUACAAAUUAUUUUUUCUUAUUGAUCUUGCAAUGUCCAAUAAAAACUGAUAUCCUAAAA